AUGACUAAUUUGUAUCAAACGUUUUUGUGGCCAAAAAUGAUGUCCGAAAAGAAACUCAAGAAAUUGGUCCACAAGAAUGGCGUCCAUAAGUUGGCGUACGAUAUGUUUGUUGAGGACAGGAAAGCGGGUCCAGUGCUCAUCACAUUGAAACCGGAGCCACAGAUUGAGAUGACAAAGAGUGAAUUCUUUUGGCUGAUCCGAAAGGGACCCAAAACUACCUCUUCUAUUGAAUCCGAUCGAGUGAUGGACUCGUACUUCAAUUGGCAUUUAUAUCACAUUGAAAAUGGACACAAAGUUUGA